AUCACUGUGUUCCUCUACCGUCUUGAACCAAAUGUUUUCUGGUGUAUCAUUGAGUUAUUGAGUAUCUGCGUGACCCUUGAGAAUGGUUCUCCCUGCAUGAGUUGAGAAGUGUUUAAGGGGAAAUAACAAAGAAGAUGGAAGAUUUUUGGAGCAUGAUUUGUGGUGAUUCUGUUGGUUCAAAGACUAUGGGAAAGCUUUCGUGUUACGAUUUCAAGUUUCUGAAAGAUCCUUCCUUAUGCAUCAAUCAUUUAUUGAUAAUAUCCUUUGAUGCGUUACUCUUGAUCAUGUUGUCUUUCGCUAUGAUCUACAAGUCUUUCUCGAGACCAUGUCAGGGUCUAAUCCAAGUGGAAAGAUAUUCAAAAUUGCAACUGUGUUCUGCCAUAACCAGUGGCUCUCUUGGGUUGUUGAAUUUGUGUUUGGGCAUUUGGGUUUUGGAGGAGAAGUUAAGGCAAAACAAUACUACUUUUCCCCUUCACUGGUGGCUGCUAGAACUUUUUCAGGGAUUGACAUGGUUGUUUGUGGGAUUAACUGUAAGUCUCAAGCUGAAACAACUUUCAAGAGUAUGGUUAUGGUUGUUCUCUAUAUUGACAUUCUUUGUUUACGGUAUUGUCUGUCUUUUAUCCAUGUCUUACUUAAUUACCAGUAGAGAACUAUCUUUCAAGAUCGUUUUAGAUGUUCUAUCUCUUCUUGGAGCCUUUCUACUACUUUCAUGCACAUAUAAUGUAUGUAAAAUUGAAGACACAAACAGAGAAACUAGAGAAGGCCUUUAUGCCCCUUUAAGCGACCAGUUUAAUGGUGUUGAUUCUAAUAGGUAUGUAACCCCAUUUGCAAAAGCUGGAUUCUGUAGUAGGAUGUUGUUUUGGUGGUUGAAUCCACUUAUGAAAAAGGGUAAAGAGAAAACCCUUGAGGAUGAGGAUAUCCCAAAGUUGGGAGAGUCAGAUCAAGCAGAAAGUUGUUAUCUAUUGUUUCAAGAACACUUGAAUAAACAGAUAGAAAAAGAUCCAUCGUCACCUGUGUCAAUUUUGUGGAUAAUAAUUAUAUGCCAUCAAAAAGAGAUUUUGAUAUCAGGAUUCUUUGCAUUGCUUAAAGUGGUGACUGUGUCUUCUGGUCCUGUACUUCUAAAUGCCUUUAUACUGGUAGCUGAGGGUAAUGAAAGUUUUAAGUAUGAAGGCUAUGUAUUGGUCAUAGCACUUUUCAUUAUAAAGGUCAUAGAGUCCCUAUCACAAAGGCAGUGGUACUUCCGCAGUAGACUUAUUGGGAUGAAAGUUAGGUCAUUGCUUACUGCAGCCAUUUAUAAAAAGCUGUUGAGGUUGUCCAAUGUUGCGAGAUUGACACACUCUGGUGGUGAGAUAAUGAAUUAUGUGACUGUGGAUGCUUAUAGAAUUGGAGAAUUUCCAUUUUGGUUUCACCAAACAUGGACUACAAGUGUCCAACUAUGUAUUGCAUUAGUAAUACUUUUUCGUGCCAUUGGGAUGGCAACUAUCGCCUCAUUGGUGGUGAUAGUUCUCACUGUGUUGUGCAAUACUCCAAUAGCUAAGUUACACCACAAGUUUCAGACCGAACUUAUGGUGUCACAAGAUGAGAGAUUGAAGGCUAUUUCUGAAGCUCUUUCGAACAUGAAAGUUCUAAAGCUAUAUGCAUGGGAAAAUCAUUUUAAAAAUGCUAUAGAGAAGUUAAGAAAAGAGGAACUCAAAUUGUUAGCUGCAGUGCAACUACGAAAGGCAUACAACGUAAUUAUCUUUUGGUCUUCGCCUGUUUUGGUUUCUGCUGCUUCUUUUGGGGUGUGUUACUUCCUUAAAAUUCCAUUGCAUGCAAAUAAUGUUUUCACAUUUGUAGCAGCUCUACGGAUUGUGCAAGAGCCAAUUAUAGCCAUCCCAGAUGUUAUCGGGGUGGUUAUUCAAGCUAAGGUUGCAUUCACUCGAAUUAUUAAGUUCCUUGAGGCACAAGAACUACGAAGUAACAGUUUUAUAAAAAAGAGCUUUGUUAACAGUAUUAAUGACUCAAUUUUAAUCAAACAUGCCAAUUUUUCGUGGGAAGAUAAUGUAUUAAAGCCAACAUUGAGGAACAUAAAUCUGGAGAUUAAACAUGGGCAGAAGGUGGCUAUUUGUGGAGAAGUUGGCUCUGGCAAAUCAACCCUCUUAUCGCUGAUUCUUGGAGAGGUUCCUAUCACAAAAGGAACUAUAGACAUUUAUGGGAAGUUUGCUUAUGUUUCUCAAACAGCAUGGAUACAAACAGGUACUGUAAGGGAAAAUAUUUUGUUUGGAUCGGAAUUAGAUGCUGAAAGAUAUCAAGAAACACUUCAUAGAUCUUCACUAGUGAAGGACCUGGAGUUGUUUCCCAAUGGUGACCUAACAGAAAUAGGUGAGAGAGGAGUUACCUUAAGUGGAGGUCAGAAGCAGCGAAUUCAACUUGCACGUGCUUUUUAUCAGAAUGCUGAUAUAUAUCUUUUGGAUGAUCCAUUCAGUGCUGUUGAUGCCCAUACUGCCACAAAUUUGUUGAAUGUAAUGUCAUCUUCCUUUUUUCUCAUGCUGCAUUUAUAUUGUAAGGGUCGUUUUUUACUUCAACAUGGCUUUGAAAUAUGGCAGGAUUACAUCAUGGAAGGACUUAAAGAGAAAACGGUAUUAGUAGUAACCCAUCAAGUUGACUUCCUCCCAGCAUUUGAUCAUGUUUUGUUAAUUUCAAAGGGGGAAAUCCUUGAAGUUGCUCCUUAUCAUCAUCUAUUGAGCUCAAGCAAAGAAUUCCAGAACCUCGUCAAUGCUCACAAGAAGACGGCUGGUUCUAACAAGCUUGUGGAUGUUACUUUUUCCAAGAGACAUCCAACUUCUGUUAGAGAGAUUAGACAAGCUUUCAUGAAAAACCAAUUCAACAUAGCGGAGAGUAAAUUAAUAAAGCAGGAAGAGAGAGAGAUAGGAGACACUGGGUUGAAGCCUUACUUACAGUAUCUGAAUCAAAUGAAGUGCUAUAUACUCUUCUCUGUGGCUGCUCUUAGUAACCUUGCAUUUUCAAUUUUCCAAAUAUUGCAAAACUCAUGGAUGGCUACAAAUGUUGAUAAUCAUCAUGUCAGCACGUUGCGGUUGAUUGUAGUUUACUUCUUGAUUGGAGUUAUUUCCAUACUUUUCAUAUUCAUUAGAAGUCUAAGUCUUGUUUCUUUGGGGCUUCUUUCAUCAAAGUAUCUUUUUCUACAAUUAAUGAACUCACUGUUUCAUGCACCAAUGUCUUUUUAUGACUCUACACCAUUAGGAAGGAUACUUAGUAGGGUUUCAUCCGAUCUUAGCAUUGUGGACCUUGAUAUUCCAUAUAGCCUCACCUUUACUGUGGGAGCAACAAUAAAUGCUUAUUCAACUCUGACAGUUUUAGCAGUUGUCACUUGGCCAGUCUUGGUUAUCUCAAUACUAUUAGUUUAUAUUGCAAUUCGCUUGCAGAGAUAUUACUUUGCCUCUGCUAAAGAAGUAAUGCGGAUGAAUGGCACAACAAAAUCCUUUGUGGCUAAUCAUAUUGCUGAAACUGUUGCUGGAGUUGUGACAAUAAGGGCUUUUGAGGAGGAAUAUCGUUAUUUUGUAAAGAAUCUUGAUUUGAUUGACAUCAAUGCUAGUUCUUUCUUCCAUAGUUUUGCCUCAAAUGAGUGGUUGAUCCUACGUUUAGAAACUGUAGCUGCAGUUGUUCUUUCCUUCUCAGCACUUUGCAUGGUCUUGUUUCCACCUGGGACUUUUACAUCUGGAUUUAUUGGCAUGGCUCUCUCUUAUGGCCUUACACUAAGCUUUUCCUUAGUAUUUUCAAUUCAAAGUCAAUGCAACCUUGCAAAUUACAUAGUAUCUGUAGAGAGGUUAAAUCAGUAUAUGCAUAUACAAAGUGAGGCUGCAGAAGUAAUAGAAACAAAACGCCCUCCUUUUAAUUGGCCAGAUAAAGGUGAAAUAGAAAUAAAUGACUUGCAGGUACGAUACAGGCCUGAUGGACCACUUAUACUUCAUGGAAUCACAUGCACAUUCAAAGCAGGACACAAGGUUGGAAUUGUUGGCAGAACAGGCAGUGGAAAGUCCACUCUUAUUGGUUCUUUAUUUCGUCUUGUGGAGCCAGCAGGUGGAAAAAUUGUUGUGGAUGGCAUAGACAUAUCUUCUAUUGGCCUUCAUGAUUUGAGGUCACGUUUUGGUGUUAUACCUCAGGAUCCUACCCUUUUUAAUGGAACUGUUAGAUACAAUCUGGACCCUUUGUCUCAACACUCUGAUAAAGAGAUAUGGGAGGUUCUUGGGAAGUGUCAGUUGCGAGAAGUUGUCCAAGAGAAAGAAGAGGGCUUAAACUCCUCAGUUGUUGAAGAUGGAUCAAACUGGAGCAUGGGACAGAGGCAGCUGUUUUGUCUGGGGCGUGCUAUUUUGAGAAGCAGUAAGAUAUUGGUGCUAGAUGAAGCCACAGCAUCAAUUGAUAAUGCAACUGAUUUGAUUCUGCAGAAAACCAUUAGGACUGAAUUUGCUGAUUGUACAGUAAUAACAGUAGCACACAGAAUACCAACUGUGAUGGACUGCACUGUGGUUCUUUCGAUCAGUGAUGGAAAAUUGGUGGAGUAUGAUGAACCAAACACCUUGAUGAAGAGAGAAGGGUCAUUGUUCAGACAACUUGUCCGAGAAUAUUGGUCUCAUUUUCACUCUUCAGAAUCCCAUUGAUGCUAUUGUUAUAUUCUAGAAAAAAAGUAAACGAAGUUUGCUAUGAAGAUGCAAGGUUUAAUGGAACUUUUCUUACUCCAUGCAUCACAAUUGUUCAAAUUUAGUUCCAAACUUUUGCUAAAGUUAGCCUAUAAUCUUGAGAAGUUUUACAUUUUCAAUUGUAUUGUAUGCUACUUUGUAGGUAUGUGGAAUUAGUAUUUCUCCACUUCAGCUUUAAAUAUAACUUGUACUCUUUAAGCAAAAAUAAUU